AGCUGCUGGGAGAUAUCAUCGGCGCCUCUCUUCAUCCAAUCCAGGUCCGCUGCCAUGUCCAUAUACCCCAGCCUUGUGGCCGCGGUGUUACUAGCCCCCUGCGAUUCUUAUGUCCAUUGUGCCAAAUAUACCCUAGCACUUAGCCAGAAAACCAUGGACAUAGCCAAACGGGUCAAGCGCCCAUCGCCAUGGUGUUUCCCCAUCCCUUCAAAGUCAUGCCGAAAUCGAUCGCCGUUUCGUUCCAGUCCUGAUGAUAAUGUCGUCAAGUUCAAAGCGGCGGUUCCUCCCGUUCCUUCUCGAUCCUCCGCAGACCUCUUUCCACCUUUUCCAAUCUCCCCUCGUGAUUAGCCACGAAGCGGCCGUACCUCAAAACGCCCCCUUCAUACCAUGCCUUGACUACUCGUUCGCUCCUUGCCCGCAGCUCAGCGAUCUCAGCCUCCUGCGCCAUCUGUGUUGCUUGAAUACCCUUCAUCUUGGGCAGUAAGGAGGCCAGCUCGGCACUCAGUUUCGCGUCGGGGAUGGGCGUGUCGGAUGUCACUGCAGUCAGGGCUGACGCUGUUGACGGGAACUGAGAUGCAUACGAUAGCACAGUCGCUCGAACCGCUUCCGGGGAUAGAUCGACCGGUGGUGUGUUUUCUGAAGGAGCAUUGGGAUUGGACGGUGGUGGUUGGAAGAAAGAGGGCUGGUAUUUGUCUAGACGACGUGUAAGCCUUGUGAAGAGAAGAGGGUUCAGGAGGGUGGGGACAGGAACAUACAGAUCUUGAGGAUCUCGGCGUAAACACGCAUGUGUCGAAGCAGGAGAGAAAACCGCUGUUCGAGCUCAGCCAGAGACGUGGAAGCUGACUCGGAUGGUGGUUGGGCUGAAGCUGUCGUGGGGCCGUAGAGAAUGUGCUCAAUGCGCAACAGACGAGCUUCGAGCAGCUCAAUCGUCGACAGCGUUGUCUUGUCCAGCGUGUCGUCCAUGACGUCGCGGGUUGCCGAACCGAGGUGUGAUGUUUCUGUAGAAUUGACAGUUGUCCACCUGGUGCAGUGCGUGAUGUUGACCAAUUGGAGGCUCUUGACCAGCGAAGGGAGAGAGAGACGGGGCAACCGACGGCGUGGUUACCGGUUGUAUUUACUUGGUGGUAUUUACCAAUGCAACGGGCGUGGCUUGUGAUGAGUGGUUAGUCCCCGUUAUCGCUAUUGUAAGGCUGAUGGUUAGCGAGCGGGUUGACGGCUCGCGUGACGUGGAGCCCCAAUUUUAUUUUUUGUGUCGAUUGUAAUUGGCCGACUUUCUGAGACAACCACCCCGUUCCUGUCCAGGCCCCCGGCUUUUGUUGGCCCCCUUCUUCCUCUUUUGCUCACCUCACCUCAGCGCAUACGACGACAACGACGACGAGGAAAAACCUCCCGCGAUACCAUACAACAGCGACCGCCUGCGUCAGGCAAUCGAGUAUCAUUACUACUCCAUCUCUUGUCGACACACCCAACGCUCAGGUCACUCCUCGGGAGACGCUCCGUGACGACGCCUACUCCAGCGGUCAACUGCCAACAAAGGGAUUCCCGCGAUGGCUGCCUGGUUUCGAAGACCCUGAUAACCAUUGAAAAACGACGGCCGCAAAAUCGAGCGUAGAUCCGUUGCCAUUCCGCCAUCACAACCCCUCUCCCCCCCGCCCGACAGCACUGCUACAUCUAUACGAUCGUUGAUUAUUGUUGAGAAGUCUGGACAACUCGGAUACAAGUUGUCCUGCGAUGACUGGGUAUUCUACAGUGGAUAGUUUUGUUCCUGGAGGUUCAACCGCUGCCAUGACGCAACAUCGCCGUACACGGAGCCCCAAGUUGGGUGGAGGCAACGCCUCGAUGAUGAGCAGCAAUAUCAACCUGCUGAACACCAUUGUGGGCGCCGGAACACUCGCCAUGCCCGGCGCCAUGUCGCAUUUUGGUGUACUAUGGGGAGCGCUGUUAAUUGUGUGGUGCGGCUUGACAUCGGCGUUUGGCUUGUACCUCCAGUCACGAUGCGCACGUUACCUCGAUCGGGGAACUUCGUCCUUCUUUGCACUCUCGCAGAUCACGUAUCCCAACGCCGCCGUGGUGUUUGAUGCCGCCAUCGCCAUCAAGUGCUUUGGAGUUGGUGUUUCGUACAUGAUCAUCAUCGGAGACCUGAUGCCCGGCGUUGCCGAGGCCUUUGGGAGUGUCGACAGUGGGCUGCCCUUCCUCGCGGACCGGAAGUUCUGGAUAACUGUCUUUUUCUUGGUUUUUAUCAUACCGCUCAGCUUCCCCAAAAAGCUAGACUCGCUCAAGUACACCAGCAUUGUUGCCUUGCUUUCGAUUGGGUACUUGGUCAUUCUGGUCGUGUACCACUUUGGCGCUGAUGAGGUACCAAACAAUCGGGACAUUCGUUGGGUCACCUGGGAGGGCCCAACAGCUGCGCUGAGGAGCCUACCAGUCAUGAUCUUUGCCUACACUUGCCACCAGAAUAUGUUUUCUAUCGUGAACGAGAUCAAGGACAAUUCACCCGCCAGUAUCGUUGGCGUCAUUGGAUCCAGCAUCGGAUCUGCUGCCUCCAUCUACGUCCUGGUCGCCAUUACCGGCUACCUUACCUUUGGCAACGAGGUCAAGGGCAACAUCGUCAGCAUGUACCCGCCCUCGAUUGCUUCCACCAUCGCCAAGGCCGCUAUUGUCAUUCUCGUCACCUUCAGCAUUCCUCUCCAAAUCCACCCGUGCCGUGCAUCAAUCGACGCGGUACUGCGCUGGCGUCCCGGAAGUUCGCGUCCAUCGGGCGGCGGAACCGGAAGCCAGCCCCUUCUUCCCUCAGGAGGAGCUGCCGGCGGUGGCGCCCUGGAUAGCCACGGGGCACCUGUGGUUGCCAUGUCGGAGCUUCGCUUUGCCCUCAUUACCAGCGUCAUUCUGGUGCUUAGCUAUUUCACCGCGCUCAGCGUCGAGACGCUGGACACUGUGUUGGCCUAUGUCGGUAGCACAGGCUCGACGGCCAUCUCGUUCAUCCUGCCGGGGUUAUUUUACUACAAGAUUAGCGAUCCGGAUAGUAUCUUUCACCAGCGUUUGACCAAGGAGGACGACGAUGCCGAGUAUUCUGCCGAUGACAACGACGACGACGAAGAGAGUGCUGCGGUCACUGGAUCUGGUUUAUUGGACAGUGUUGCCAGCUUGGGGAGUGUGAUCAGCGGACGCGGUGGCAGGAGGAGAUGCAAGAAGUGGAGGUGGGAUUUGGAGCACUUGGAGACGGGGCUGAUUCGCAAGAUGGCUCUGGGUCUUUCGAUUUACGGUGCCUGCGUCAUGGUUGUUUGCCUGGCGAUGAAUGCACUCUUCAGCGCCCAUCAUUAAUCUCUUUUGGAUGGGCCCACUAUAGACCGGUUAUAGUAGAGAAAGUUACAAAAGAGCAAGGGGGAUCACAGUACAGGUACAUGUCAUGCGUCAACACGAUAGUUUUUUCGGGAAACGAGGGAGUCCACCGGAGCAAAGCGGAGCGUAUGGGAAGCGGCUGGGUGAUGUCUAUUGGUUUUUGUUUUCGGGGGGAAGGGGGAGUCGUCUACAUUUCACAUCAUGGGCGUUUCUGGGACUGUUGAACAGGGAGGCCGGCCGGGAUGCAUUGCCUUUUUUUUUCUUGGAUAGGGAUACCAAAAGAUGAAUAAAAAGAGAUAAUAUAUUUCCUCUCCAAUA